AUGUGUUGGUACAAAUCACAACAAUUGUUUCAACGAGAUGAGCUUACCUCCUCAGCUGUUGAUGCUGUUGCCUGGACUUGUUCAGUUCUGCUGUGCCUCUCUCCAGUCUGCCUUCACCUUAUAUGCCUCACCCUGAAGUCUCAUUCCCGUCAACCUUCAAGUCAUUCACCUGGCCUGAUGGUCCAGCCAGGGGACUUCAACAGCAGCGUUUGUGUCUCACUAUGCCUAUGCCCGAGUGACGACUGCGCAAUAAAUGGAGUGAUGGUUAAAAUUGACUCUAAUGAACAUUCUUCCUUUGGUAAACUUGACUCUAAUGAACAUUCUUCCUUUGGUAAACUUGACUCUAAUGAACAUUCUUCCUUUGGUAAACUUGAUUCUAAUGAACAUUCUUCCUUUGGUAAACUUGAUUCUAAUGAACAUUCUUCCUUUGGUAACAUUGACUCUAAUGAACAUUCUUCCUUUGGUAAACUUGAUUCUAAUGAACAUUCUUCCUUUGGUAAACUUGACUCUAAUGAACAUUCUUCCUUUGGUAACAUUGACUCUAAUGAACAUUCUUCCUUUGGUAACAUUGACUCUAAUGAACAUUCUUCCUUAGGUAAACUUGAUUCUAAUGAACAUUCUUCCUUUGGUAAACUUGACUCUAAUGAACAUUCUUCCUUUGGUAAACUUGACUCUAAUGAACAUUCUUCCUUUGGUAAACUUGACUCUAAUGAACAUUCUUCCUUUGGUAAACUUGAUUCUAAUGAACAUUCUUCCUUUGGUAAACUUGAUUCUAAUGAACAUUCUUCCUUUCGUAACAUUGACUCUAAUGAACAUUCUUCCUUUGGUAAACUUGAUUCUAAUGAACAUUCUUCCUUUGGUAAACUUGACUCUAAUGAACAUUCUUCCUUUGGUAACAUUGACUCUAAUGAACAUUCUUCCUUUGGUAACAUUGACUCUAAUGAACAUUCUUCCUUUGGUAAACUUGAUUCUAAUGAACAUUCUUCCUUUGGUAAACUUGACUCUAAUGAACAUUCUUCCUUUGGUAAACUUGACUCUAAUGAACAUUCUUCCUUUGGUAAACUUGACUCUAAUGAACAUUCUUCCUUUGGUAAACUUGAUUCUAAUGAACAUUCUUCCUUUGGUAAACUUGAUUCUAAUGAACAUUCUUCCUUUGGUAAACUUGACUCUAAUGAACAUUCUUCCUUUGGUAAACUUAAUUCUAAUGAACAUUCUUCCUUUGGUAAACUUGAUUCUAAUGAACAUUCUUCCUUUGGUAAACUUGAUUCUAAUGAACAUUCUUACUUUGGUAAACUUGAUUCUAAUGAACAUUCUUCCUUUGGUAAACUUGAUUCUAAUGAACAUUCUUCCUUUGGUAAACUUGAUUCUAAUGAACAUUCUUCCUUUGGUAAACUUGACUCUAAUGAACAUUCUUCCUUUGGUAAACUUGAUUCUAAUGAACAUUCUUCCUUUGGUAAACUUGACUCUAAUGAACAUUCUUCCUUUGGUAAACUUGACUCUAAUGAACAUUCUUCCUUUGGUAAACUUGACUCUAAUGAACAUUCUUCCUUUGGUAAACUUGAUUCUAAUGAACAUUCUUCCUUUGGUAAACUUGACUCUAAUGAACAUUCUUCCUUUGGUAAACUUGAUUCUAAUGAACAUUCUUCCUUUGGUAAACUUGAUUCUAAUGAACAUUCUUCCUUUGGUAAACUUGAUUCUAAUGAACAUUCUUCCUUUGGUAAACUUGAUUCUAAUGAACAUUCUUCCUUUGGUAAACUUGAUUCUAAUGAACAUUCUUCCUUUAGUAAACUUGACUCUAAUGAACAUUCUUCCUUUGGUAAACUUGAUUCUAAUAAACAUUCUUCCUUUGGUAAACUUGACUCUAAUGAACAUUCUUCCUUUGGUAAACUUGAUUCUAAUGAACAUUCUUCCUUUGGUAAACUUGACUCUAAUGAACAUUCUUCCUUUGGUAAACUUGACUCUAAUGAACAUUCUUCCUUUGGUAAACUUGACUCUAAUGAACAUUCUUCCUUUGGUAAACUUGAUUCUAAUGAACAUUCUUCCUUUGGUAAACUUGAUUCUAAUGAACAUUCUUCCUUUGGUAAACUUGACUCUAAUGAACAUUCUUCCUUUGGUAAACUUGAUUCUAAUGAAAAUUCUUCCUUUGGUGGUAAACUUGAUUCUAAUGAACAUUCUUCCUUUGGUAAACUUGAUUCUAAUGAACAUUCUUCCUUUGGUGGUAAACUUGAUUCUAAUGAACAUUCUUCCUUUGGUGGUAAACUUGAUUCUAAUGAACAUUCUUCCUUUGGUAAACUUGAUUCUAAUGAACAUUCUUCCUUUGGUAAACUUGACUCUAAUGAACAUUCUUCCUUUGGUAAACUUGAUUCUAAUGAACAUUCUUCCUUUGGUAAACUUGAUUCUAAUGAACAUUCUUCCUUUGGUGGUAAACUUGACUCUAAUGAACGUUCUUCCUUUGGUAAACUUGACUCUAAUGAACAUUCUUCCUUUGGUGGUAAACUUGAUUCUAAUGAACAUUCUUCCUUUGGUAAACUUGAUUCUAAUGAACAUUCUUCCUUUGGUGGUAAACUUGAUUCUAAUGAACAUUCUUCCUUUGGUAAACUUGACUCUAAUGAACAUUCUUCCUUUGGUAAACUUGACUCUAAUGAACAUUCUUCCUUUGGUAAACUUGAUUCUAAUGAACAUUCUUCCUUUGGUUAA